CUUUGUCCAGUCCCCUUGCUACACCAAGCGUGUCAUCUUCUCCCACGUACUCGCCACCCUUGCCAGCUGGAGUGUCUUCACUUCCUCCUCCUAUGAUGACUUCAGCUUCUCUUCCACUUGUGCCUUCAGCAAUGGUUUCUACUAUCGCACCGCCUCUAACUCCUGCCCCACCUCCUGUUGCCCCUUCAGCUUUUAGUACUUCCAUGUCACAGUUCUCUACACCUCCUCCAUUAAGCUCUACUACUGGCCCUGGUCUUCCUGCACCUCCCACUGGUCCCCCCAUUUCAGGAUUUUCCAUGUCUUCAACCUAUGACAUUACCAGAGGUCAUGCUGGUCGAGCACCACAGAGCCCACUGAUGCCAUCAUUUUCUGCACCUCCAGUCACAGGUGUUUUGGCAGAUCCUAUUACUCAGCAAGCAACUUUCUCAUCACCUUUGGCUCCUGGAACUGGUUCUGCAAUCACUUUUCCUGAGGAGCAUGAAGACCCCAGAGUAUCUACUGCCCAAGGUGGGGCACCUGUUGGAGGACUGUGGGGAUUUAUAAAG